AUGCUUGUUUGGAUUGCUGGCCUUCUUUCUGCAGCUGUGACUGUUCAAGCUGAAAGUCCUGCUUUUACUCAUCAACUUGUUUUUAGUAUGUCCAAGGGACAGACUCCACUGGGUGAUAUCACAGUUGGUUUAUACGGCAGUGUAGUGCCCAAGACUGUUGAGAAUUUCCGUGCGCUCUGUACUGGCGAGAAGGGUUAUGGCUACAAGGGUUCCAUCUUCCACAGAGUUAUCAAGAACUUUAUGCUUCAAGGAGGUGACUUUACCAACCGUGAUGGUACUGGUGGCAAGUCGAUCUAUGGCAACAAGUUUGCUGACGAGAACUUUAUUCUGAAGCAUACUGGCCCUGGCAUUCUCUCCAUGGCCAAUGCUGGCAAAGACACCAACGGAUCGCAGUUUUUUAUUACUACUGUAACCACAUCUUGGCUCGAUGGCCGUCAUGUUGUUUUUGGCAAGGUGAUGGAUGGUAUGUCGGUUGUCAAGGCUAUUGAGAGUACCAAAACCAAGCAUGGUGAUCGACCUGUUGAGGACAUCACUGUCACCAACUGUCGAGAAGUCGCUGUUGGAACUAAACCAGACAGUACCGAGGAUGGAGCAAAGGUUGAUUUGUAAUAAAAUCAUUCCGAUUGACAUUCU